GUUGCUUUCCGAUCGCCGCCUGGUGAAGAAUGUGUCAAGUUUGCCGUUUACCUCGUCCACGUCCACGCGCCGCGCAAACGAAUCUCGCCGUCAACCGUGUUGUUGCUAAAGUGUGUUGUGUUGUCGUUGUUGUUGCUGAAUUGCGCUGAAAACGUCGUGUCCGUAGUCAGCAAAACGGAGUCGUUCGCGGGAUUGCUGCAAGAGUUGUUGCUUGAAAGUGGACUGCGGCCUCUCCUUAAUCAAGUGGUGCAGGGUUGACCAAGAUCCGCCGUCCCCCUUCCUCUCACGGCGCUGGAUCCAGCAGUCGGAAUUGUUGCGGUGUUGCAGUGCUGUUGUUGUUGCAGGCAGAGAACGUGAAAAAGAUCGGCCCGAGUUUUCAAACGUGAAAGAAUCAACGAUCAGUGAGUGAGAAAGAGAUCGAAUCGCGGGAGAGAGGAAAAAAAGGAAAAGUUACAACCGUCAAGGGGCAUAGUGUUGUGUGUGUGUGCGAAUGCGUCUCUGAUUGGAAAAUCAAAGUUAUUAAGGUGAAACAGAAGCAACUUGUGAGCACAAAAAAAAGAAUAGUGAAAAGAAUCAAAUGCUGGAAAUGUGAGCGCUCGCAGAGCCGUGAAGCGUCGUGAGUGAAAAGUGUGAGCGCCAAGUGAGCAUGAGCACCGUGAGCGCACCUUAAAGGCAAACCAGUCCAGUCCAGGCAUUGUCACUGACCGGAAGUGAAGAUUGUCUGGCAGAAAAAGAAGAGUGUAGAGUGAAGAAAGUGCAGGCCAUGCACGCCGGCAAAGCGGGCGGUUCUCAAAAGUGAAAUCUCGUGAGUGAGCGCAAGUGUGAGCAGCUCGAAGAGUCACCCUGGAGCAGCGGAGCACCGGAAGCAGAAGGGCCGAAUUAUGCCAAAAAUUUCCAGCAAUGCAGACUUACCACUCGGCUGGGAGAUUAACACCGACUUUGAUGGGAAGGUUUAUUUUAUUGAUCAUAUUAACAAGAAGACCACAUGGAUCGAUCCCCGUGACAAACUCACCAAGCCGGAAACGUUCGCCGACUGCGUCGGCAAUGAGCUCCCGUUCGGCUGGGAGGAGGUGUACGAUCCCCAGAUCGGCACCUACUACGUCAACCACAACACGCAGUCGACCCAGCUCGAGGACCCGCGGCUGGAGUGGAAGAGCAAGCAGGAGGAGAUGCUGCGCGAGUAUCUCUGCUCCGCACAGGACACACUGGAGGCAAAGAAGGAGAUCUUCAACGUGAAAACGCAGCGGCUCCAUCUGGCCCAGGAGGAGUACAACCACCUGAACGCGCUGGCCGCCAGCAGGACUAGUUUAUGUUCUUCCACAAGUUCAUGUAGUACAAAGUUCGAUCCCGAACUGCUGCGAGCAGACCUCGCACUAGCCAAGGAGCGCGUGUUCCGACUCAAGAAGGAGCUCUCGCGGAUACAGAAAGAGAUGCACAAUACUCAGAAGGGGGUGGACACUCUGUCGGGUGUCGAGCAAAAGUUGAACUCUCACAUCAACGGCUGCUACAACAUUACCGAGGCCCAAGCCAUACUGGAGGAGGUGAAGAAGAUCCAGAAGUCGCUCAUCACGGGCGAACGAGAGAAGAAGGAACUGAUGAAGAGCCUGGCCCAGGUCAAGGACGAUCUGACGCGGUUGCAGCUGCGCCAGGAGAGUCCGGACGCGUCCACGUUCAACCUGGCCCAGGACCGGGUGUGUGCGGCCUCGCAGACCGAUCUGUCGUCGGAGAACUUCCCGAUGGGGGCGCGGGAGAUGGCCAAGAUGCGCCAGCGGUACGACGAGUGGCGCAAGCGGGUCAAGGAGAUACAGGAGAAGCUGGCGGCGCUGGAGGAGAAGAUCCGACCGGGCGAGGUCGAGUCCGACCAGGACCGGUUGCUACUCUUCCAGGAGAAGAAGCAACUGCUGCUGGAGUACCGAAGUAUCACGCCCAAGUCGCGUUCGCAAACGGAGAUGAAGCGGAUACAGAGCGUGUGCAAGCAGCUUGAAGCGGAUCUGAACAUGGCGUACGAAGAGUCCAAUCAGUGCAUAGCGAACCGGCUCAAGCUGCACGAAGAGAAGCAGGCACUGUUGCAGAAACUGCUGGAAGCGCUCAAAGAGUUCACGCACCUGGAGAACCAGCUCAAAUCCCUGUCCGCGAGCACCCUCUCGAUCAGCAGCAGUUCGAGCCUCGGAUCGCUUUCGACGGCAAGCAGCAAGGGUUCGCUAAGCGGACUCAGCUUUACGGACAUCUACGGUGAUCCGCUGUCGACGGAGCCACAGAUCGACAUGGUUGACAUCAACCGGAGGGUACAGCGACUAUUCCAUCCCAGCUCGGAAGUGUCGUUAUCCCCUCGAAGCAGCCUUUCACUUGAAACACCACCCGCCUCUCCCAUGAAGCUCGAAUGGAACGGUGGAACGGAAGGUCCACCGUACAAGCCAUCUGCUCCGUACAACGUGCCUGCCCCCAGCUACAGCUCCGACUACAAUCUGGACAAGCAGAAGCUGGAGGAGCAGCUGCAGGAUCUGAAGAUCCGACAGCUCGGCAUCGCCCCGCUCUCGCCAAUCUACGAGAAACCCUCGUACCUGGACAUCCCUCCUGCCGUCAUCCUGAGCCGAUCCUCGUCUACGUCGAACACCCGGUCCGUGUCGACCACCGUGAGCGACGAGUCGGUAGCCGGCGAUUCCGGCGUGUUCGAAGCGUCUCGAGCGCUGUUGACCAGCAAAGAGUGCGCCCAGAUCCAGAUCAGCAUCCGGUACACCGCCACCGACAGUACGCUCUGCAUUACCAUUGAACGGGGUCGCAACCUGGCGGCCCUGUGCCUGCCCGAGGGCUGCCAGCUGUUUGUGCGCGCAAUCCUACUCCCCGGGACGGCCACACCCUUCAUCCGCACCAACGCCGUCACGGACUUUGUGAAGCCGGUCUUCAAAACGAUGCUGGUGGCGCAGAUGCCGCUGGAGAAGGUGUACACGAAAUCGCUGCACGUCAAGGUUAUGAUCAUCGUCGGUCAGCGCGAGGACUGGGUCGGCAGCGCGCAGAUCAGCCUGGCGGAGUUCAACGCGGCGGACGCGAGCAACAAGUGGUACAAUAUCAUCAGCCGGAAGUCGAUGACCGAGCUGGACGGGCUGGAGGGCUGCUCCAACAUUCGGGAGGAAUCCUCGGACGAAUCGACCAUCAUUUCGUCCCAGACGUCGACGCUGACGCGCAACCAAGGCCAAGAGGAACUGCAGGCAGUGCUGGAGAUGGUCUACGACGAGCUGGCGAACGACGACGAGGACGAGGAGGACGAGGAAGACGACGAUGAGGAGGAAGAAGAGGUCGACGAGGAAGCUAAAAACCAAGCGGCCACCCAGCUGAUGCUGGAGGAGUACAUGAACAGCGUCAAGGGGACGAUCGCGACUGAGGACGAGCUGGACGAAACGGCGGCGGCGGCUGCGAUACCGGUGGAGAAGGCGGACAAGGAAACCAACACCGAGUGUGCCUUCCUGCCGGAGAAGGGUCGCCGGAGGUUGAACGAUCCGGCGAUACGGGCUGGCGGCGCCAGCAGCACGAUCGAGGAGAACUCCGUCGUGGACGACAGGCUGGUGAAGCGGUCGCAGACCUUUUCGCCGAGCGCCGUCGCGAGCAAGGCCCGCUACAUCUGCCGGCUGAACCGCAGCGACUCGGAUUCGGCGAUGCACUUCAACAACCCGGUCACGCCGCAUCCGUUCAGGCGUGGUGCCGUCGAGCGGCGGUCGCUGCGGUACAGCAGCCGGACGCCCAAGGUCUACCACAAAAUGCAUCCCGCCGUGCCGCGAACUAGUCUGGACCUGGAGUUGGAUCUGCAGGCGCAACAAACCAAGCUGGAGACGCUCACGGACGAGAUCAGCCGGUUACGGGACCUGAAGAAGCGGCUGGAGCUUGCGCGGGACAACAACAACGUGAAGGUGGCGGCGUGGGCCCUCGAGAACGAAGACUUCCUGAAGCUGAUCAAGGGUGCGGGCAGCGCCACCACCACGGAGGAGAAGCACAUGGCCAAGCUGCUGCACAAGACUUCGAAGGAGAUCUACAAGCUGCGCAAAACGAAGGCCGGCAAGGGCAAGCUGGACCUGAUUUCGUUCAAAGAAAAGAUGGCCUUCUUCACGCGGCGCGGCGUGUCCGUGCCGGAACUUCCGGCGGACAUUCUGCAGCUGGACGCGGACUGCGGAGACUGUGGGGAGCAGCUGUCGGCGUGCAACUCGCCGACCAAGUGCCCCGAGGAACCCGUGGCCGGUCCGUCGAAGCCGUUCGAUCCGUCGGAGCCGUCGACGUCGCGAGCGGGACAAGGCAGCGCCAAGCUGGAGUUUUCGUACAACGAGGUGGACCGGACGUACGGGGUGGAGGUGUGAGAACGGUAGGGACGGACGGGCGGGAACAACCGAAUCGAACAUGACAAUUUGCGUACAGGAGGUAGUGGUAAAGGGGGGAACUUCCGGGUUAAGCCGGAAGUUAUUUUUUAUUACGUUUACAACUUUUGUUUUUUUAUGAUUUUUAUUUUUCGUUUCUACAUGGAAGCCAACUCUGUGCUUUGUUCUGCGAACCAAAGCUCUACGUGCAUUUACAGAUUAAGAUUUUUUAAACAACACGGAAAGUUUGCGCGGUACCGUUGCGAGGUUAUGUUUGAGGUUGUACAAAAGAGCGCACGCGCGCAAGCGGUUUGGCCGAUGAGUUUAGGAAAGCAACAAUGUCGGAAUUGUUGUGAAAAAUCCGGCACAAAGAUUCAUUUCUCAACUUUUCCUCAACUCAUCGAUGCCAUACCAUGCGGCGAACCAGUGAGAGUGUGAGUUUUAUUUUGCCGCGAUCGAGUGAGAAUGUUUAGGAGUGUUUGCCGGAG